AUGCGCCUCACUUUCGUCUUCGCGCUUGUCGUCACCCUCCAUGCCAGUGGUGCAUCGCUCCCUUCGGCCAAGGAUACCAACACUAUGGUUCAGAACGAUGCGUCUCCUGCUGUCACGGAUUUGACCGGCGCGGACGGUGGACGGAUGCUUCGUCGUGCCGAGAAGGACGAAGAUGAUAGCGAAGAAGAGAGAAGGCUUUUCUGGAGUAAACUUAGGGUGAAGCUUAAACUCACCAAUAUAGCCAAGGAGGCGAAGAUGCCCGACAAAAUCAAAGAGUUCCUGAAGGAAGCAGCCGACGAAAGGAAGUCUCUUGAACAGGCGGCGUUGAUGCUUAAAGAAACCACUUAG